CUGUCUGAUUGCCUGCACUGUGGACUCUCUCAGCAGCGUUGUGGGCUGGAAACAGCAAUGCGAAGAUGGCUGCAGACCUGGGGGAGCUGCUAGUCCCUUUUAUGCCCACGAUCAGAGUCCCUAGAAUAGGGGACAGGGUAUUCAAGAGUGAAUGUGCCUUUUCCUACGAUUCUCCAGAAUCAGAAGGUGGCCUGUAUGUGUGCAUGAACACUUUUUUAGGAUUUGGACGGGAACAUGUUGAAAGACACUAUCGAAAAACAGGCCAGUGUGUGUACAUGCAUCUGAAACGCAACUUCAAAGAGAAAGCCACAGGUGCCUCUGGGGGGGCUAUACCACAGAGAAGAAAUGGAAAAGUAUUUUUAGAUUUAGACCUGAACUGCGACUUUAAUGGGGACGAUUACGAAUACGAAGACGAAGCCAGGCUUGUCAUAUUUCCAGACCACUAUGAGAUCCCCUUACCAAAUAUUGAAGAGUUGCCUGCACUGGUGACUAUAGCGUGUGACGCGAUACUCAAUGCCAAAUCUCCCUACAGAAGGCAGGAGCCUGAUUCGUGGGAUGAUGAAAUUCAGGUCUCGAAACACGCCAGCGGCUUAAGACAGCUGGACAACGGGGUCAGAAUACCACCCAGUGGCUGGAAAUGCUCCAAGUGCGAGCUUCGGGAGAACCUGUGGGUGAACCUGACGGAUGGCUCGGUUUUGUGUGGGAAGUGGUUCUUCGAUGGCAACGGAGGAAACGGGCACGCUCUGGAGCACUACCGGGAAACAAACUACCCCCUGGCCGUCAAACUGGGAACCAUCACCCCCGAUGGAGCAGACGUGUAUUCGUUUGAUGAAGAGGAGGCAGUACUUGACCCCCAUUUAGCAGAACACUUGGCACACUUUGGGAUUGAUAUGCUUCAAAUGCAAAAGACAGAGAACGGCUUCACAGACAGUGGUGUCAGCCCGCGGAUCAGUGAGUGGGAGGUGAUCCAGGAGUCAGGGUCGAAGCUCAAACCUGUGUACGGCUCCGGUUACACUGGUAUCAAGAACCUGGGAAACAGCUGCUACCUCGGAACCACCAUGCAGGUCCUCUUCAGCAUCCCUGAAUUCCAGCGAGCGUAUGUUGGCAAUCUCCAGCGGAUAUUUGACUAUUCACCUCUUGAUCCCACACAGGAUUUCAACACGCAGAUGGCAAAGCUGGGCCAUGGUCUUCUUUCAGGCCAGUACUCCAAACCACCAGUGAAAUCAGAGCUCAUUGAACAGGUGAUCAAAGAAGAACACAAGCACCAGCAGAAAGGGAUUUCCCUAAAGAUGUUCAAAGCCUUGACAAGUAAAGGCCACCCGGAGUUCUCUUCCAGCAGACAGCAAGACGCACAGGAGUUCUUCCUUCACUUGAUAAACCAGGUGGAGAGAAACAGCGAAGGCUCAGAGAAUCCCAGUGAUGUGUUCCGGUUCCUGGUGGAAGAACGAACCCAGUGCUGUCAGUCCAGAAUGGUCCGAUACACGCAGCGCGCUGACAACAUCAUGCAACUUCCUGCGCCCAUGGAAGCUGCAGUAAACAAGGAGGAGUUAAUAGCCUAUGAAGCGAAACGUCAGGAGGCUGAAGUGAGCAGGAGAUCGCCCCCGCCAGCGGUCCGGGCCAGGAUUCCAUUCAGUGCCUGUUUGCAGGCCUACACAGAGCCGGAGAACGUGGACGACUUCUGGAGCAGUGCUCUGCAGGCCAAGUCUGCUGGAGUCAAAACAUCUCGCUUUAAAUCAUUUCCUGAAUACUUGGUUAUACAGAUAAAGAAGUUUACCUUUGGGUUGGACUGGGUGCCUAAGAAAUUAGAUGUUUCUAUAGAAAUGCCAGACUUGCUGGACAUCACUCACCUCCGUGCCACUGGGUUACAGCCAAAAGAGGAGGAGCUUCCAGACAUUGCUCCGCCCAUUGUUGUUCCAGAUGAACCCAAAGAUCAUUUGAUGAAUAAUUUCAUGGACUCUCCAGAAAUCGAUGAGUCUGCAGUGAUGCAGCUCGCUGAAAUGGGCUUCCCCCUCGAAGCCUGUCGCAAGGCGGUUUACUACACAGGAAACAUGGGGGCUGAAGUGGCCUUCAACUGGGUUAUAGCCCACAUGGAGGAGCCCGAAGGAAACAGUAACAGAAACCCUGGAAGUAAUCAGCAGCAGGACUUUGCUGAGCCGUUGGUGGUUGCUGGGUUUAGUGAGAUUGACUCUUCAUUGUCGGCAGCGGUUCCUGUGGCUGACAACCAGCCUCCAGAGGAGAGUGUAGCCAUCCUUACAUCCAUGGGCUUUCCCAGGUACCAGGCCUUGCAGGGCCUGAAGGCAACGAACAACAAUCUGGAGCAUGCGUUAGACUGGAUCUUUACUCACCCAGACAGUGAAGAGGAGAGUGAGGCAGCCUCAGACAUCGCUGAUCCAGAGGGCAACGCCAACGCCAGUGCCAGUGCCAACGCCACAGCCGACAAUGAGCCAAAUGGACCGCGGGUUAGGGAUGGGCCUGGCAGAUACGAGCUGUUUGCCUUCAUUAGCCAUAUGGGAAGAUCCACAAUGUGUGGCCACUAUGUGUGUCACAUCAAAAAGGAGGGAAGAUGGGUAAUCUACAAUGACCACAAAGUAUGUCUGUCAGAAAGACCCCCCAAAGACCUGGGCUACAUCUACUUUUACCACCGGAUACCCAGCUAGGCCGCAGUCCUCUCAGACGGCUGCAGACAGCCACAGUCUUCUUGCCAACUGGAAACGGCAACAAAGAAAAACAAUCUAAAGACUGAACAAGGGAAGAAGCUGUGAAUUCUGCAAGUAACUUAUCGAAAGAAAGAAGCUAAAAAACACAGCAAAGGGAUGCCUGGUAAAAGAGAGAAAGGCCUUUUAUUCAUGAAUUGUAUUUGUCAGAAGCAGAGGUUUAUAGGAAAUGUGUGCAAUCUGGUUACUGGAAAACAGCAAUAGCAUGUUAACAUACAUAUCAGAAGCUUUCAUUAUUGUUUUUCAGGGGUUUUCUACACCUUUUCUUUAAACUGAAAAGGGAGCCUUCAUUUAUACACAGAGUCCUGUUUGUGUGUUUUUUUUUUUUACCUGUGUGUGAAGACGACUUGUACCGAUGUCAUGUGUCACUGAAUUUCAGCGUUGAAGCAACACAAGUGCCAAAGCUCUGUAGAUACAUCUUCUUGAUCCAUCAAGCAGGUUGUCUAGUGCGCAGUUAAAGCUGUUGCCUUAUCAGAAUAUCAAUGGUGUUCAAAAAAUAACAGCUAGUCAUAAAAGCACUUUAAAAUAUCCACACACAUUUAUCUUGACCUUUUCUAUCAUUUUAUUUUUUAUGUAUUUUUGAAAUGCACACUUUACCGGUAAAUAUAUGGUUUCAGAUUCAGAUUUUUCAAUGGGGCUGUAUUACUAUGUUGAAACUUAAACUUUAAAAUAUUUUUUCUUUCUGGACACUUCGAGCAAUAAUUUUGAAAUUACAUGGUACAAUUGUAUUGAGAGUUUAAAUGCCAGGGACAAGUGUUAGGGUGAUUCCUUCUUUUAAGGUCCUAGUUAUUAAUAAUAAAAAAAGUUAGUUACUGCAAGUGCCGCUCUACUCUGGACUUGAUUUCAGUCAUUUGGUGACGGUUGCUGUGCUACGCUGAGGAAGCCGUUGUGAUGUCUCUAUAUAGCCAAAGUGAAUGGUGUGCUUGUGUACCGCAGGAUAUACAGAUUAGGAAUCCUAAUGAAAGGCAAUGCGCAAAUGAUCACCUGUACUGUACUGUAGCUGAACUCCAAUGCUAAUAUUCAAAGGCUGCGUUGAUGAAGGCUUUGAUCAUUCUGUUUGUGAUAAAUACAACUUUGUUCCAACAGAGUUGCCUGACGUGGGCUUCGAAAUCAGGUGUAAUAUUUUCAGCACAGGACUUUACACAGGGCAACUCACCUGCCACUUGGUGCUUUUGUUUCUGGUUUUUCUUCCAGAACUCAAUAUGUGUGUAUUUUCAUUUUCUGCCUUGGCACUUUUCUUAUUUGAAUGUAUUCCUUAUGGUGCUGAGAGCUACAGGUACAAUCAGAUAACAGCAAAGAGAAUCUGAGGACUUCACUGACUCCUUUUAACAGUUUUGCAUUUCAGCAGUUUGGAGAGGAGGUCUUGAUAUUUAUUCAGAUAUUAAUAUCAGUACUUUUACAUUAUCGCAAGUCAUCGCAGCAUCAUUUCUAUUGCAACCAUUAGCUGUGCCAUCUGAAGAGGGGGAUCCAGUGUAGAAGGUUUGAAAACCACUGAUUUAAACAGUAUUAUCGUAUAAAAAUGCAUUGUAUCAGUAAUGUUAAUUAGGAGUAUUUAAUGCAAUAAUGGUUUUUAUAUAACAUGUCCUUAAUCUAUUUUUUACCCUAUACUUCAUCUUUCUUGGGUUAAGCAAUCACUAUAGUAUCAGACAUCUAUAUAAUAUAAUAAGACAUAAUAUCAUUUAGGUCAGCAGACCCCCAAAUCUGGGAGCACAAAUACAAUACUGUAGCUUAAACAAGCAAUGCAGCAUAGCAGAAUGGAGACGAAUGGAGACUAAACACACAUUGUACAGUAUGCUGUGCAUGUUGUAAGCAACAUAUUAAACUUGAAGUUACCGCUGUUGUUUCCUCUCAGUGAGGAGUGCCCUGUGCUUUUGGUCACCUGUUGUGGUUUUUAAAGACCUACCUAAGUCACAGAUUUGAAAAGACAUGCUUAAUUAGGAUGGCACAUUCCUAAAAAUGUAAAUUGCAAAAGAAAAGGAAAGAUUGCAAUCAAACAAACUCACAGAUUGCUUCAUCUCAAACCCAUCCCAGCCACAUUCUGAUGUUAAGCUUGCUGUCAGAUGGAUAUUCUUAAAAGCACUAAACUGCUAGUUAGCUUUUGCAUACAGAAUAAUCUGAAAAUAAAAUAAUCUAAAUGUAAAAAUGUGUUUUUAAAUAUAUUUUUUUAUCAAUUUUUAUGAUUGAGAAAUCCAUUAUAAAUAAUAAUGCAUUUGCAGUGAACCCUCACCCAAAUGGUACAAGAUUACAUAUCUACACACAAUUUUGAAAAUAAAACUGUUCCAAUGAUGUACUGCACUGUUGAGCAUCCUCAAUGCCAUAGUCCCUUUAAGAAACAUAUUACAAAAUGUUACAAAAAAACUGAUUUCUUUGCUUUAUAAUCUGCACAUGCACUAAAGUUUGACAAUGGUCAUUUAAAAUGUAAACCUUUUUUUCACAGAAAUUUUGUUCACUUGUUUUUAUUUAUUUAAUGUUAUUAAUUCUUGUGAUUUUUUUUUUUUUUGCAAUCACAAAAUUGUGCCAGUCCCACAGUUUUUAUUUAGUUAAGUUCUGGGUCCUCAAGUAGUCUACAAUGCUUUCUUUUACUUUUUUUAAAUAGCAAAAAAAAAAAACACUAUAAGAAUUGCUUCAUAAAAAAAACUGUAUUUUAAUGUGUAUGUAUCUUGACUGGUUUAUUAUGAUGGUGACAUCCAUGGUGGUUGCUGUAUGAUCCAUAUGCUACAUAUCAUGAGUAUUAUAAAAAAAUAAAUAAAUAAAUAACACUAAUAAAUAAAACUGGAAAAUACCAAAUAAAAUCACUGGUGCUGCUUAUUUGUGGCAUUGGGGUAGUUCAAAUAAUAAUUUUAAAAA